UGUCCCCCUCUCUUCAUAAGCGUUGCUGCAAUAGGUUGCUGACUUAGGGUUGCCACCUCCCGGUGGUGGUUGGAGAUCUCCUGGAAUUACAACUCAUCUCCAGGCCAUAGAGGCCAGUUCUCCUGGAGAAAAUAGCAGCUUGGGAGGUGGUGGGGGACUCUAAGGCAUUAUGCCCCACUAAUGUUCCUCUGCACCCGAACCCCCGCUCUGUCCACCACCAAAAUCUCCAAGCUGGAGGUGGCAUCCCAGGCGCUCUCUCUCUGGGAACUUUCAAGGCACUGGCUGGGCACGUGGGAAACUGUUUACCAUGAUGUUCUGAAGACGGAAGGUAAAGGAUUUUCAUCCAACUGGUUCAAUGAAUUCCUUGGUUGCAUACGAUGAUUCAGACUCUGAGACGGAUACUGGCAAGUCUGAAGAUACUCUUAGCAGAGGAGUGAAUCUUGCAAAUCCUGCUGUGACUGCUGCUGGAUCCGGUGGUGAAUUCGAUGCAGUUUAUGAGAGCAAAAUCCAGUCUGUAGACUACAGGGCUGGUUCCAAAAGGAACAUUACCCACAAAGAUCUCUCUUUAUAUCAUGCAAAUGCUACAGCUCAUCCCAAGAGAGAUUAUCCUGCUGCAGCACAAAUGGCUAUUUGGAGCCCCAAGCAAUCAUUGAGUCCUUUGCAGAAACCUCAAUUACUUUCUGAAAAUGAGGAUUAUUCUCUGAAGAGGGCCCAUGAGGAUGGUGGUGUUACCCUACGGGGACUUAGCCCGUACAUUCCUAAAAGACUGAGAAAGGGAAAAAAUCCAGAAACCGAAGAUUGUGGAGAGAGCACAAAUAGCUUGGCCAAAUUUGGUGUUGCAGGAGAUCGAAUGUCCAUUAAUAUUUCCAAGUACAUCAUGCCAUACAUAGGAUCCAAAUACGGGGUGACAGCAAUUCCCACAACCUUGGUGUUUCAUAUGUCUGAACACAGCGGCGCGGUCAACAUUGUCCGGUGGUGUCCUGUACAGAAGUGGAGCCACAUGUUGCUAUCUGCAUCUAUGGAUAAGACUGUCAAGGUUUGGGAUGCUGUGGACAGAGGCUGUUGCUUAAAGACGUACUCUUGCCACACCUGUGCCGUUCGAGAUGCCCAGUGGGCCCCUUGUGGAAGCAGCAUCCUCAGUGGGGGCUUCGAUUCGAUGCUUUACUUAACAGACAUUGAGUCAGGAGCACAAGUAUUUACUGCUAGGAGUGAAUUUCGAAUUGGCACCCUGAAGUUUCACCCUGCUGAUCCAAAUGUUUUUAUUUGUGGAGGAUUUAGUCCAGAAGUUAAAGCCUGGGACAUAAGGAUGUGCAAGGCAAUUAAAGUGUACAAAGCUGCAAUACAGCAAACCUUGGAUAUCAUGUUCCUCCCUGAAGGUAAAGAAUUCCUUACCAGCACAGAUGCAGUGAGCCAAGAUUCCGCUGACCGGACCAUCAUCUCUUGGGACUUCCAAACGGGUGCAAAGAUCUCCAAUCAGAUUUUUCAUGAGCGCUAUACCUGUCCUUGUUUAACGCCUCACCCGAAAGAGUCUGUCUUUGUAGCUCAGACAAAUGGAAACUACAUGGCCUUGUUCUCUAGCCUUCGACCCUACCGAAUCAACAAAAAGAAGAGAUAUGAAGGACACAAGGUUGAAGGAUUUGCUGUCGGUUGUGAGUUCUCUCCAGAUGGAACACUGCUUGUGACUGGGAGUUCAGAGGGCAAAGUGUUUUUCUAUAACUAUCAUACCGCUCGAAUUAUGCGCAUGUUGUCUGCGCAUAGGGCAGCCUGCGUGAGUGCCACUUUUCACCCAGUCCUUCCAUCCCUUCUUGCUACCUGUGGUUGGGAUGAAGAGAUCAAGAUAUGGCAGUAAUGAAAAAAUGUGGAAUAUUGCACGUUCUCUUUUGAUUUGGGAAGGCUUUCUGCCUAAAGAUUUGAAAUUGCAUGAUGCCUUUUUUCAUGUAUGAAUCCAUUUUGGAAAGACUCUGUAUGAGUAUAGAAAUCACGAAGUUUGACUUUCGUUAACUUUUAAAUAUAUUUACAAUUUUUUGUCUCUUUUUGUUUCAUUCCUUUUUUGGAAUUGUAGGGAAUUAAGGGAUCCAACUGCUGAUGUGGAGGUUGAGAACGUUAAAUAUGAAUUUUGUGCAUAGUUAGUCCGGACAGAACUAGCAACUAUCUGCCCUAGAUGGCAGUCAUUAACUCUACCAAUCCCCUCUUAUUUUAGAGAAAAUGGCUUUGUUCAGAAAUAUCCUGUAUAAGUGAAAGCUGAUUGUACAUAUUAAAAAUGUAUGAAGAAAAUUACUCCAAGUAAGCUAAAUGAA